AACUGUUGUGUUUUGUGCACGGUUAAGGCCAAAAAGGCGAACAAAAACAUACAACAAAGAACUUUGUCGGGUUUCAUAACCAUUUUGAAGUUUCCAAAUUCGUGUUUUUUUAUACACGCGUGGGCGCGCGUCACCACGUGAAGCACGUGACAAACUUACACCGCAAAGACUGGACCCGAUUCGAUGAAAAUAACCUCUGUUUCUCAACGAAGGAAAUAACGCGGGCUCGCGAAAUAAGCGAUGAAGAAAUAAAUUCAUUGACAAAUCGCACGUGUAUUAAAGUUGUUUUCCUAGCGCAGAGUCUAACGGCACGAAAUUCCCAUGGACUAUCCUAUGAAUGCCAAAACGGCGGUAAAGACGCAGUCGUUUCGGAACUGCAGACUUCAGAUUCUCAAAGGAGAGCAUUCACUGCAAACACAAGAUGGAGGCGAUUGCGUUGUGGAUGUACUGGGAGAUCCACAAAAUCACUCGCUUGAUAUUCGCAUACGAAACGGCAGUGAAUAUAUGCCUAGUUUUAGAGUGACCAAAGACACUGACCACUGCCAAAUGGGACGGCUCCGAUACCUCAUCGAUCUCCCAGAGCAAAACUUUAGCAUUCUGCUUAGUUUUACGCACAGAGAGGGUAAGUUUUAGAAAGUAUAUAAAAUAGACGAAAGUGUAUAACAAUGAAAGUGAACUGAAAGUAGUUUUUUUUGGAAUGUCGAAUAUCGCAAAACAAACUCAUGCAUAAUAAAUACGUUUAUGGUAUUG